AAAGGCAAAAACGUUAAAUCACCAAGGGUUAAUUAUUUUGGACAUAUGCAUGAAGGAAACUAUAAAAUCCCCCAGUGACGGGACGAAGCGCCCCCAGCCCCCGCACACACGGAGCCGCAGGACGCUGACGCCACAUGUCUCAUUCAUAAUAUUUACAUCACUGGCCGCUUAUUUCGCCCGCACCAAGAGCUCCCACUCCUCGCACGUCACCGCACAGAUUGCUUAUCCCAAGUCACGUAAACACGCCCAUCUCCGCAGCUAUUGGACGCACAAAAGUCUUCCUGGCCUUCCAUUGGCUCUCCACUGACGUUUCUGCCGCGCUCAUUUGCAUCUUCCCUCUCAUUGGUCAGGGACGUUGACUCUCGGCUGUUGAUUGGCUGAGUCUCCCGUGUAGCUCCUAUUACUUUACUCGCAGCCCCGGGCGGCAGUUGGGCACACUCUUCUCUGAGUGAAAGAAGGUGCUGAAAGUAGAAGGCGCCGCGGGCACGGACACCCCGAUCGGCGCGGAGUCAGGCAGCGGAGCCGGGGAGCACCUAGGAGAGCCGCUAAAAUAUACUCCAUCCACAAGGAAAGAUGACCCCGGCUCUUACCGAUACAGCAACACAAGAACCUGGAGUUCGUUUCUCCCCUUCUCUUGGAAUAAAGAGCUUGAGCGCCGAUCUCAAUGUGUAUGUGGAUAAUUCCAAGACCAGUUCCAAAGACAGCAACUCUAGCCUAGCAUAUUGUGAAUCUGCACUGUGCCUUCAGGAAGACUUUGCCGGCCUGCAGCAAGAUGGAUCACUUUCUUCUGGACAUUACCAAACGGUCUUUGUAUUGACCAGCUCGGAUAUGAUUGUGCAGGAUAAUAGUAGCUUUCCAUCAAAGACAGAGCAAGAUGCUUACAGUCAGAGGUUCCUUGUACAGCACGAUGCUCGCCCGUUGCUUACUGAAAGAAAAGUUAAGAGAGAACUUUUCCCAGGUACCGUCAGCAAAGUGCUAGCAGAUGUCAACAAGCUAUGGGAUAUAUCUGUGAUGGAAGAUGAAGGGGUACAUAGAUUGAAUGGACGAAUCGAUGGGGAAAGCCUUGCCAUCCCGUUUCGUACUAAUUCUGCUUUACCGGACAUUAGGUGCAUUUCACCUACAAGAGAAAAACUGCAAAAGGCUGUGGAUAAGGAAACAGAGGCAAAGUUAUUACAUCCGAAAUGUCUAAAUCGGCAGCAGGAGCUCCUAGGUCGUGCCCAAAGGGCCAGGAAGCGCUUGCAGGUGCUAUUGGCGAAAUAUGCAGUGGACCAUUGUAGCCAACAGAUAGGUGGCUUAGUGAAACGCAAUAUUGAACAGUUCAAUGUACCCGGUAGCUCCGCCGGUGAGUCAGGUCCUGGAAUACACUUAGAUCCAGAUCCGGUAGCAAGAUGGACCCGAAGUGCAUGCGUUGACUCUAAACAUGGGUCCAGCUGGGUGUCUCCCACUGCUGCCAGGAGGUUUUCUGUGCCAACCACUGGGAUUAUAGGCAGUAUUCAGCAGGCGUUGGACUCGGAUGUUACAGAAAGCAGCUCUGAUGAGGACUGGGAUGAAAAACCUAAAUUUACUCAGGACUGUAAUGCUGAAUGGAACUGGCUUUCGGGAAGAGCAGAUGUUGGGAGUCGUUGGACCUGGCUCCAGUCUCAGAUUGCAGAGUUGGAAUACAAAAUUCAUCAGCUGGUGGAUCUACAUAGUCAGCUACGAAGCAAGAAGGGAACGCUGGUGUUUCAGGAAUGUUCAAAUUGCAUUCUUGGGGAAGAGACACAUCUGCCAUAUCCAGGCACUUCAUUACAGCCCGCAGAGACCCUGGAAACCCCCUCAGAGGAAACAAAUCUGCCUCCGGCAAUGGAUUUAGAAAUGUCUCCAAGCAGCCCGACCUUGCUCCUGAGAAACAUAGAGAAGCAGAGUGCUCAACUGACUGAAAUGGUCAGCAGUCUUAUUGCAGCGAUCCCCAUGACUCUGUCUCCUACCAAUCCCGUUAAACCCUUUGCAAAUGGAAAGAUGACGGCAAAAGGUCCUCUUGGAACAUCAAAGCUACAAAAGGCAUGCGCUCCUACCAGGAAUGGAUUCUGCAAGAAGCAGCCAGUAAAAAGAAGGAAGCGGAUCCGUGUCAGAGCCUCCUCCAAUUUUGGGAGCAGUUCAGCCCGCACCAGACCCCUGCUGCUCUUUCACAAGCGGAACCUAUAUAGAAUGUUUCCGGACCACACGCCUUUACAAUUGACUUUGCACGCUCACCAAGCACUACAUGGAAGUAAUGAGUCAUGGCAAACCUCAGACUACAGCUCUACCUGGAUCAGUUGCGACAAGCCUCAAAAAUCUGUGCUGGUAAACAGAGAUGUCUGUGAGAUAGAGCCAAACUUCCACCCCAUCUUGUCACUACCUGCUGACCUUCCAUUACAUCUGCACCUUGAGGGUUUGCUGACGACGUGCAAGACUGACAUUAGGGAUUCACUGAAUAGCAGAUUUUUCAACUAUGAUGACAAUGAAAAUCUCUCUCAUGUACCAGCCAGAUGGAGCAAGAGUUGUACCUCAAGCCUUGGGCCACAACUUGUACUUGAAACGCACAACCAGGAAAGACAAUGUGGAGGCAUGGCUGAAGCCGAUGCUCAGCCCAUCCAUGAUCUCGCGCGGACCCCCACUUCUCAUAAAACCUCUGUACAGUUAGAGGCCCGGGACCCCGGCAUUGUGCUAAGUGCAGCAAGGCGAAGAUUGAGGAGUGAAAGCUCAUACGACAUUGACAACAUAGUUAUCCCCAUGAACCUGGUUGCACCAUCUAAAUUAGAGAAAUUACAUUACAAAGAAAUUCUCACCCCAAGUUGGAAAGAAGUUGCACUUGAACCAUUGACAUGUCCUCCGUGUGAAGAGAUUGAAGAUCUGUCAGAUGAGGCUUUUUUAAUCCAACAUCAGAAAUAUGAGCGGGCAGAGAGGGCUCGCUGGUCAUUUUGGGAACAGAGCAAAUGGCCAAAACGGAGCAGGUCUUCAAGUCAUAGCUCAGGGCAAUACACUGAAGACAACUGGAGUCCAAAUUCCACAUCACCCGAUUCUUGGGACACACCGCCCCCUGGUGGUUGUGCUUUGCAAGCCCUACAGUCUUCAGCUGAUUUUCAGCAAGGGAAGGCACAACACUGGGAGCGUAGAAUAUUUCCUCUUACAGGAGAAGCUGCUGUGGCUUUAAACGACACACAGACAACGACAAAACACUUAUCUCGUCCCCCAGCCCUUGAGGACAAAGAAGUGAUAUGCCUCCAUUCCAGCUGUGACAAGGAAAAUAGGUGAUGGAGCAUUGUCCACUAAUACUCACAGGCUAGCCCGGGGCUUUGGAAGAUGAGCAAGGUGAGGUUGAAGACCCCGAAGCCCUGCAGAUGAUUUGGCCAGUCACCAUUAGAUCCUGCGUCCAGUACUCCAGGAGUUAUGAACAUUCAGGUCCAGCUUCAUGUUAUUUGACUGUAGGAUACAAGAGGUCCACACAAAUGUCAGAGGAAAUGAGGAUGUCCUGGUAGCAGUAAGCUGGUGGACCAGAAGCAAAGCAGAACACUUCUCUGUACACUUUACAUGCAGUGCACACUUCAGGAUUUUGGGGGCCAUUCAAGGGGUACUACUGUACUUAGUGGUAGUAGGGCAUCUGAUAGUUCCUAAUUUAUGGAGGUCUGUCUCCAUGUGAAAGUUUCAUUUGAGGUUUGCUGUUAUGUUGUGAUUUUGAGCCUUCUAUAAUGCAGACCUGCCAGCAUACAAUGGAUGAUACAACCUGAUCCACAUGGAUCUGUUUCCACGUAACCUAAAGUAGUUCUUUGUUUCACGCUGUGCAGUUUUACAUUCAUUGUUCACAGUUUAUAUUGUGUCAUCGCCUUUUACAUGACCAUUCAAGGAUUCAGUGGAAGGUGUGGCGAAGACUGCCGACGACUUGACAUUAGCUCUUAUACUAACUUGUCAGUUCUUGUCGAGGGAUCAGCAACCGCCAGCUGUUCUGAAGCUACAACUCCCAGCCAGCACCAUUCACUUCUAUGGGAGUUAUAAGACCAGGUAAGCCAAGUGUGCAUGCUGGGAGUUGUAGUUUCACAGCAGCUGGAGUGCCAAAGGUUGCGGAUCUCUGUCCUUGUCUAAAGAAAUAAUUUUAACAAAAGGAUCCGGCACCCCUCCUGCCAUGUCUGUCUUAGAAAUACAUGUAUUUCCUAUGAAUUAACAACUCGAGGUCAUCUUAGAACUCGGCAUUGUGCUAUUCCUCUGUUAUUCUUCCUGGAAACGUGUGACUACAUUAUAAACUGUUUGACACUGUUCCAUCAGUGCUGACACGCUGAAUAGGCAUACCUUUCCAGGAAGAAUAACAGAGGAAAGACACAAGGCAGAGCGCUAAGAAAAGAUGCUCCAGCACUUGUAAAUACUUCCAGUCCCCAUACAAUAGCAUGGAGAGUUGACAGGUCCUCUUCAGCUUGUCCGUUUUCUAAACCAUGAACAAGUUAUCUUCUGUUGAAUUUUUUAAAAUAAAGUUAUUGCAGUAAAUUGUGUUGUCCGACCCUUUGUGUUUCCCCGCUAAGAUGGUGUUGCUGUAACGUAUCUGCCCCCAUGUUGUUUAGAGAGGUCAGAAAACAACAUUGCUUACCGGUAAUCGUUUUUCUCGAUACCCAUGACGGCACCCCAUGCGACCAGGGACCUCCCAUCCGGGACAGGAGACCUGAGAAGGUAAAAGGUUCACACCCCCACCAAGCACCAGUGAUAGUAAUAAACAGUACUCCGGAGGUGAACACACUUAAGAAAAGAGAGAGAGAGCUCCAAUACGGUAAAUUAUAUCUCUUCUGAUUUAGACUGUUCAUCAGGGAAAUUCCCUAAGAACUUUACCGAGGAGUAGAAGGCUACUCCGUAGUAAACCUAUUAAGGUAAAACAAAUUAUAUACAGUACAGACCAAAAGU